CCCUGCAAUAAAUACACCGUCCAACCUCCCCAGGCUUCUCGCCCCAGCCUUCCUGACCACUAUCAGCCAUGACCACCUACACCAACAAAGGACCAAAGCCCGAGCGAGGCCGAUUUCUCCAUUUCCACUCUGUGACCUUCUGGGUUGGCAAUGCCAAGCAGGCUGCCUCCUUCUACUGCAACAAGAUGGGCUUUGAGCCGUUGGCCUACAGGGGCCUGGAGACAGGUUCCCGGGAGGUGGUCAGCCACGUCAUCAAGCAAGGAAAAAUCGUGUUUGUUCUCUGUUCCGCUCUCAACCCCUGGAACAAAGAGAUGGGCGACCACCUGGUGAAGCACGGCGAUGGGGUGAAGGACAUUGCAUUUGAGGUGGAGGACUGUGAACACAUUGUGCAGAAAGCCCGGGAACGGGGAGCCAAAAUUGUGAGGGAGCCCUGGGUGGAGCAAGACAAGUUCGGGAAGGUGAAGUUUGCUGUACUACAGACGUACGGAGAUACCACACACACCCUGGUGGAGAAGAUCAACUACACUGGCCGUUUCUUACCUGGAUUCGAGGCCCCAGUGUACAAGGACACCCUCCUUCCAAAGCUGCCCAGAUGCAACCUCGAGGUCAUCGACCAUAUCGUAGGCAACCAACCCGACCAGGAAAUGGUAUCUGCCUCAGAAUGGUAUCUGAAAAACCUUCAGUUCCACCGUUUCUGGUCCGUGGAUGACACGCAGGUGCACACAGAAUACAGCUCUCUACGCUCCAUCGUGGUGGCCAACUAUGAGGAGUCCAUCAAGAUGCCCAUUAAUGAACCAGCGCCGGGCAAGAAGAAGUCGCAGAUUCAGGAAUAUGUGGACUAUAAUGGGGGUGCCGGGGUCCAACACAUCGCUCUCAAGACGGACGACAUCAUCACAGCGAUCCGCCACUUGAGGGAGCGAGGCAUGGAGUUCUUGGCUGUCCCGUCUUCUUACUACAAGCUGCUACGGGAGAAUCUCAAGACAGCCAAGAUCCAGGUGAAGGAGAGCCUGGACGUGCUAGAGGAGCUGAAAAUCCUGGUAGACUAUGACGAGAAGGGCUAUCUCCUUCAGAUCUUCACCAAGCCCAUGCAGGACCGGCCCACACUCUUCCUGGAAGUCAUCCAGCGCCACAACCACCAGGGCUUCGGAGCAGGCAAUUUCAAUUCCCUGUUCAAGGCUUUCGAAGAGGAGCAAGCCCUACGGGGCAACCUCACCGACCUGGAGACCAACGGAGUGAGGUCGGGAAUGUAGGUUAGAACCCAGACCAAGGCAGAUGCCGGGGGCAUCAAUCUUCUGCUGGCUGAGAGACAACCCCAGGGUUCUACCCACAUCAUGACCACGCCCCUCAAUUGCAAGGGUCCCUCCUUGCCUGCUCCCUCCCUGCUGAGUAAAACGACCUUCCCAGGUCCAAAA